UCAAGCAGCAGGCAAGCUUUAAAUCGGUCUCUAUCAAGUCUCUCAAUAAGGUAUAAUGAUAAAAAUGAUAGUAUAGAAAAGAAAAAGAAGAAGAAGAAAUAGAAGGAGAAAGAGAAGAAGGGAAAGAUAAAAAAGAAGAGCCACGAGCAAGAGCAGUAUCAGUCAGCUGUUGUGAGAGUGUGUAAUGAUAAAAAUGAUGGUGUAACAGCAAAAAAAAAAAAAAAGAAGAAGAAAAAGUAGAAGGGAAAGAUCAAGAAGAAGAGCCACGAGCAGGAUCAGGAGCAGUCAGCUGUUGUGGGAGUGUCUCAGCUGGUGACGUCUUGCUGCUGCAGGUGACUUCAUGCCUGGCUGACCUUCCUGAGUCACCAGCGAGGAGGAAACCAGUGCGGCAACGGUGUUGAGGGUCCGACAUGCCAUCGCAGGCCAUCAAGCCCACCUCCCUGGGCAUGACGGGCAUCAGGAACAAUGACACAUGGACGGACGGCCUCCCCAUCUGCAAGCUCUCGGGUGUGGGCAUGUCAGCAAACCAGAUGUACCGCGAGGAUGGGACGCCCUGCUCUGAGCACGAGUACGAGGACCGCAGCAUCCACUUCUGCCUGGACCAGCCGAACGGGACCUACCUCUAUGGGGUGUUCGACGGGCACGACGGGGCCAAGGCUGCCUACUUUGCCUCUCAGAGGAUGCCUGCCGAGCUGAGUUUUGAGCAGCUGACGGGGAAGACGAGUGAGGAGGAGGUGAAGGAGGUGUUCCGAGAGGCCUUCCUGGCGGUGGAGAACGCCUUCCUCGAGUCCAUUGAUCCCAAGAUAGCCGAGCGCACACAACUCCUCGACAAGAUCCCAGAUGGAAUGUCGCAGUUUGAGGCAGCGCAGAAGUUUCCCGACACUGUUAACAGACUGCAGAUUCUUGACCAGGAGAUCCGUGGGGGCACAACGGCGGUGGUGGCCAUGAUGCACGGCGGAGUCCUCUACGUGGGCAAUGUGGGGGACUCCCGGGCGCUCCUCUGCAAGAAAGACAGGUCGGGCGUGCUGAAGGUGAAGCAGCUCACCGCUGACCACACCACCAGCAGCCACGAUGAGAUACAACGCCUCGCCACACUGAACCUACAGACAACAAAAAUAAAGGGAGCAAAGUUCGGCAACCAUGACCUGACGCGCUGCAUUGGCAACUACUUCAUGAAGGGUGGCUACAAGGAGUUUGACAUCCUGAGCUCGGCCACCUCGGAGCCCGUCAUCGCCGAGCCGCACAUCACCUGUCUGCCCAUCGAUGAGUCUUGCAGCUUCCUACUACUGAUGAGUGACGGCCUUUACAAAUCCUACCAAGACUCCACUGGCUCUGAGCAGGUCAAUAAAGAGAUUGCCCAGAUGGUUGUUGAGCAGUUUGUGGAGCAGCCGACGCUGACCAGUGUGGCGCAGACAGUGGUGGACAAGGUGGUUCGUCUGCACCACGACAACUACCUCACCAAGCAGAGGAACGUCACCUUCAGGGACGACAUCAGCCUCAUCAUUCGCAACUUUAACUUCCAGCUGCGCGGUGCCCUCACGCCCGGGGCCACUUCGCCGCGGCCCCCUCCCCGCCUCCUGCCUCGCCCUCAGCCAAAGGAGUACCUGUCUUCCUCCAAUAGUGAGGACAUGACCCUCCGCGAGGACUCUGACGUCCUGUCUGGCCUGCCGGACAGCCGCCUCCUGCCAGGCAUACGGGGCCACCGCCUGGACCUACUGGAGGGGGCCGCCCACUCCGGGGACAUGCACCCCACAGACACCAACACCACCUCCACGGAGUCCUCAGACCUGCAGAACCCAAGCCUCACGCAGUUUUCCCUGGAUGAAGACGGCCGGAUCCUCCCCUACGUCAACUUUGACCUCUAUUACCAGGCAGUGGAGGAUGCCAGGGAGGCUGGGCUGAUCACAGACUCUCAGAUCCACUUGUAUAAAUGACCCCACUCAGCCCUUGGUCCCUACUCGUAGUCUCGUUCAAGUGUGUGCUAGGAGUGGAGGAACAUUUCUGAAGUCUAGUCACUAUUGUUACUUUGACCUCCACCGUCUACAGUCAACCCUCUGUGCUGUCAGGCUGGGUUUGAGCUGUGUCAUCAAGUAGCAAUAGAAGUAUAAAUGAGGAUAUGAGUAACAUAAUUAGUCAGCUGCCAUUCCAACCCCCCAAAAGUGUUUUGUAUACCAUUACUCUCCCAAGCCUUUAUAUUCUAAAAAAAUAACUUGAGAACCUGAAAAGCUAGUGGGAAAAUCUUGUAUGAGAAAUUAAGUCAUGGCAGCUUGAAAAUUGCAAACCUUUAGAUGCAUUUUUAUCCACUUUAUGUUUAGGUAUUUACAUUGUAUAUGUUAUUAUCCUCAUCUAUACCUCAUAACUUAUUUUAAUAAAUUUUUAAUAGAAAGACAAAUUGAAAAAUACAUACAUAUCUUUGGUAGGAACUGAAACCAGGGAACUGCCUUGAAUAUUUAUCAGAUAAUUUUUUUAAUGCAUUUUUUGAUAGAAUGGCAAACUGAAAAUACAAGAACUUUAUAUUUGGUAGUAAGUAAAACCAAAAGAAGUGAAUUGAUUGUUGAAUAUUUCAUCUGCUCACUUGAAGAGUCAUCCCAUGAUGCUCCAGGCGCCUCAUCCUGUACAUAUCAUCAUCUUCACGCCCUCUUAUCACAUCUCUCCAUCCUUUUCCUCAAUAAAUGUGAAAAAAUGUUGAGCAAUAAACGUGUGAGCCUUCAUAUUUGAGGCUCAAGGUAUAGUUCAUUAUGAAUUAAAGUAUUUUCUUAUGAAUAAUUAUAGUUAUGUAUACAAAAGGUACAUACAUUGCCCGAAAAUUAUGUUAUGUUUAUAAUAAAAAUGAAAAAUA